CUUACUGAAAACUAGCUCUGCACUAGCUUAACAUCCAUAGAGAUACGGAGAUGCUGGCCCAGAGAGGUCAACUAAUUGGCACACGGCUAGUGAGAGGGCAUUUGCAGGAAUCCCAGAAUUGGAACGCACCUCCCAAACCCUUACUCUGUCAUCAACGCAUAAGCUGCUUGAUUAUCUUACUACUUUUUUGGAUAUGUGUACAUUUUUCUUAAACAAAUUUUCCUUUGAUCUGCAAAGAAAGUAUUGUUUGGUGUUUCUGAGUUCAGAAAAUGUAAGAAGCCCGAGGGAAUGUAGAAUGAAAUGCUUGGUGUUUACUUUUAUCCGCGUGUGAUACUUUUGAAGGGCUUUGACCUUCUGCAGGAGAGACCAAAAUAACAAGGUCUAGACGCGCACACCUUGAGAAUAAGUCAGCCAGCCACCUGUUACCGAGGGGAGGAUGGUCCGUACUUUUGUUGCGGCUGUUAUCUGGAGAAUACGGCUUCCAGUUCCCCCUGCCUCCAGUCUCCCCAGCUGUAGGUACGCGGCCGCUGAUAGACCCAGCGCAGGCUCGCGCGCAGGCGCCGGGCGGCCGCGGCGUUCGGUGAAUUUGCUUUGCCGCCUGGCGCUCAGGUGUCCCCGAGUGGUUGCUCUUUGGCUUCCUUUCCUUCCUUGCCCGGGACUGAGGGUCGCCGCCUCCCCUUCUCCAGGCCCUCUCCAACCCCUACCCAGACCAAUCCCGGCGCGGCCCCUACCCUCUGACCCCGCGUUGCACAAUGCCCGAGCCCAGUCCCCAAGGGUGUGAAACCCAGCGUUCCUGCCCCUGGGCGGGGACGGGCGGCCACCGUGCGGGGAGCCGAGGCGGCGAGCGCGCAGCCGACACAGCCCGCCGAUCAGGGCCCCGCGAGUCCCCCGGGAACUACAGCCACAGGCCCCCCGCGCCGCUCGGCCCUGCCGCCGGGCCCGCCCGCCGCUCCUCUCACAGGCCGCCGCCGCCGCAGCCAUGGCGGAAGUUCAUAGACGUCAGCAUGCCCGGGUUAAAGGAGAAGCCCCCGCGAAAUCCUCCACACACAGACAUGAGGAGGAGUUGGGGAUGGCGUCGGCCGAAACGCUGACGGUGUUCCUGAAGCUGCUGGCCGCCGGCUUUUACGGCGUGAGCUCCUUCCUGAUCGUGGUGGUCAACAAAAGCGUGCUCACCAAUUACAGAUUUCCCUCCUCACUAUGUGUUGGACUUGGCCAGAUGGUGGCCACAGUGGCAGUUCUCUGGGUGGGAAAGGCGCUCAGAGUAGUCAAGUUUCCUGACCUUGACAGAAAUGUACCUCGAAAGACGUUUCCACUACCUCUACUAUAUUUUGGGAACCAAAUCACGGGACUGUUCAGCACAAAGAAACUGAACUUGCCAAUGUUUACAGUUCUGAGAAGGUUCUCCAUCCUGUUUACAAUGUUUGCUGAAGGAGUUUUACUCAAGAAGACUUUUUCUUGGGGUAUUAAGAUGACCGUAUUUGCGAUGAUUAUUGGAGCCUUUGUAGCUGCCAGCUCUGACUUGGCAUUUGACCUGGAAGGAUAUGUUUUCAUUCUGAUAAAUGAUGUCCUGACAGCAGCAAAUGGCGCAUAUGUAAAACAGAAAUUGGAUUCAAAAGAGCUGGGAAAAUAUGGUCUGCUCUAUUACAAUGCACUGUUCAUGAUUCUGCCCACUCUGGCCAUUGCAUAUUUUACAGGAGAUGCGCAAAAGGCAAUGGAUUUUGAAGGCUGGGCCGACACCCUCUUUCUUCUGCAGUUCACUCUCUCUUGUGUGAUGGGGUUUAUCUUGAUGUACGCCACAGUACUCUGCACUCAGUAUAAUUCUGCUCUUACAACUACAAUAGUUGGCUGUAUUAAGAAUAUAUUAAUAACUUAUAUUGGAAUGGUCUUUGGUGGAGAUUAUAUUUUCACAUGGACGAACUUCAUUGGCUUAAAUAUCAGCAUUGCUGGGAGCCUGGUGUAUUCCUACAUCACUUUCUCUGAGGAACAGCUGAGCAAGCAGUCAGAGGCCAGUAACAAGCUGGACAUUAAGGGGAAAGGAGCAGUAUGACCCAGAGGAUCGCUUCCACUACUUAGGCCCGAGCUUUUGAUCAACUGAGAACACUGGCAUUUCUUAUACAGACACUCAGGUGUCUUGAUUACAGAGAAAAUACCAUUCCUUUGCACUUGUACAAUCUGAGGAUUGAUUGCUGCCUUUUAAAAUUUUAUGAGAGAAGCUUAUAAUUGACUCUAUUUUAAAUAUGCCAUUGGAAUUAAUUUAUAUCAAACUGGAAAAUGUACCGGGCUUUUUAAUUUAUUUCUUUUAUGCUGACAAUGAACCAUCAGUGUUUUGAAAAUAUUUUAUUCCAUAGUUUGAUAUCCAGGUAUCCCUUAGAGCUGCAUCUAUAAAGUGCUCCAACUGGAGCCUCCGCAUUGAAAUUGUUGCUGCAUAUUGAGGUAGCUCAGUCUUCCUUCUACUGGAAAUGCAGCCAAGUAUCUAAAGUUUCUCCUUUUAGAAUUUUAUUUCUUAAGGAUUUUUCUUCAUAAGGAUAUUAUCCCUGCAUUUGCUAAAGAUAACAACUUUGGCACUAAAAAACUACAUGUGCCUUGAGGUUGUAUUGGUUUCCAUGUUGGCUCCCCUGGGAAUUCAUGGAAUGAGCAGAGUGCAUUCCUUGAAAUUAUGCUAUUCCCUUUUUAUUGUGUAAGAUGGGGAUGAUGAAGGGAUAGAGGAAGGAGGCCAUCUGUAUGAUUCAUUCAUUCAGCUCAAAUGUACUGGGUAUGCAAUAUGUACCUGGCAUUAUGCUAAGUGCUGGGGGUGCACAGAUGUUUUUGGAGGUAGUUGAAUGAUCUCACUCUUGCUAUCAUGACUGAGGGUUAAGAGAGAAAACUUAACUUUAUGAUCCAUCCAGAAGACGCUGCGACUCUGAACAAGUCACAGAAACUUUCUUCAGCUCUUAGAAACUGCGAAUCCGUAAAUGGGGUUAGAAGUACCUGCCCCUACCCACCCCACAAUGGUUUGCUACCAUAUGCUACAGUGUGAGAUGACAUGUAUGUGAAGAGCGGCAUAUUGUUUAUUUAUUUUUUAAAAAAAUUUAUUAUUUUUUUAAACUCUAUACCCAACGUGGGGCUUCAACUCGUGACCCCAAGAUCACGAGUCGUAUAUAUGAAGAGCUAUAUUUUGUUGCAAACCAUGCAGCUCAGCCUUCCUUCUCUGAGUGAGAAUGGCAGGCAGGCAAGGUGGACGCUGUCUUUUUCCUGUGCUUCCCUCCUCUGGGUUUGGUUGCUACUCUGUUUACUCCUCUUUGAAUUAAUACAAGUAGGUCUUAUAUUUCUGAAUGUAUUGGUUUGAGGGGAAAGCCUUUUUAGAGGUUUUUGCAUUGUCAAGGCUUAGUCUUUGUUCGGCGUGUUGCUGUUACAGCCAUCACCAUCCUUUCUCCUUAAAUGGCAUGAGCAUACCUGUGUCUUUGCAUGCUGUCACCUACAUCCUGUGCCCCUUGGCUUACCUUAUGAGCACGUCAGCUUCUCUUGAGACCUUUGCUGCAUCCUGGGAGAGCAGCUGUGAAUAGGCACUGCCUAAAUUGCCUCUUUGGGCAGGCAGGGGAUUCACUCACACAGCCCUGUGAUUUGGUGCAGAGGCAUCCACCGACUUUGCGUAUGAGUAUCUGCACAGGCCAGUUGUGCAGUCAGUGUGCAAGAGGCUGGGUGCUUUUGCACUGGUGCACGCUAACUUCUCUUUCAUUGGGUUUGGAAUCCAUAGGGCUCUACUGAUCUAAACAGUUGGUAUUUGGGUGGCUUAACAGGAGGCCUGGAAGGUUUUGAUUUCUUUUUAUUUUUUAAAAAAUUACAUUGAGGUCAUUUUCAUAUUCAUGUGUUUCUUUUAUUUGGGUUUGUUUUUACUAAAGCCUGACCAGUGGUAUUGGGUCCCUAGAAUUAAUCUCACGGCCAACUUCCAGGCCAAAAGCUCCCAGGGCUCACUUUUUUUCCAGGAUCAUCUGAUCUGAGAAAAUUCCACUGGGAGCAUAGGAUAUUAUCUUGUGUAAAAUGAUUUUUAUUGUCUUUGUUUUAUCAAUGAGAAGACUCAGAGUAAGUGACUUGUUAAUAAGUAAAAAUUCAUGUUUCUUCCAUUGAGCCAUGCUGCCAUUUUCCUCUGAGGAAGUGAGGAAAUGGAGAUGGCUGGCUGAGUCAGCCAAGGAGGCAAGUGCUUGGUUGAAUUUGGAGCCUAAGAGGAAUAGGCUUUGCAAAUUAGGGGCAGUGAUAUGUCACUCUACAUGCCAGAGCUUGUGUCUACCUUCCAGGCUGGCCUUGGUUGAUAGAUGUGGCCUGCCACUGCCUGGUUUUGGCUGGGCACUGUGGAAAGGCCUUGUGAGAGCUAAUUUUAUUGAUUCUCUUUCUUCUUCUGUCAAAUCACAUGGAGGGAACUUUGAUAUUAGAAAUCAUUUGUGUUGUAGAAUUUCUCGUCAUGAAAGGCCUUUGGCUGUGUCUGUAGCUGUUGUGCUAGAAUUCCAGCAGGGGUUGAACUGCUUCUUGGGGGUCAGGUUCCUUGAAGAUCUGUCAUCACUCCAGGUUUGAGAAAAUCAUGUGUAAUUACAGCCUCACUACAUGCACAUGACCUUAGGGCCGAACUUUCUGGCCAGACACAGUACAGCAAGUCGCAGCUUCUGCCCUGUCAAUGUUCUGAUUCCCUCUUUGACUACCACCAACAUGUCAAGAUAAGAGAAAGCAGCCUGGGGAAGUUGGAGUCUGCAUAGACCGCCAGCCGUUUUUGGAGUUUUUCAGUUAUGUGCAGACUUGGCUAUAGUGCACUAGAGGUUUACCUGGUAUUCUCACAUCACCCAGAGUGUCUGGGUUUUGCCCCCAGGUUGAUAUCUUACGAGGCAAAAAUUCUAUGAUGUAUUAACUACCUCCUGGGAGAAAGAGAGGCAGCUUUAGAGUUAAAUCCUUAAUUUUCCCUUUGAGACAGAUGAGCUGUGAUGAGAGUUUUGAAAACCCAAUUCUGUAUGACUAGGGGCUCCUCUUCUUGAGGUAAUGACAGCAGGGUCCUUUGUGGCCCAUCUGCUUUUAGUCGGUGUCAGAUUGAUUGUGGUCUGGUUGACCAGACUGCAUGUUGCCAACGUGUCAGGUGACUUUUAAUUGCUUCAUCUGGCUCUUGACUUUAUAAGUCAUUUGUAGGAUCCAGUGUGGACAUAGGUUUAAAAUACCAUGCAUCUGCAAGUUUUCUGUAGUCCUGUUGUAUCAAGAAUCCAUGGAAAGUUCAGGUCAGUAAAGCUGAUACAGAUUCUUCACCAAAAGAAUAGUAGAGUUUCAUAUUUGACUGGUUUGGAAUAGUGCCUAGGAUUUUGGGCCUGCUUUCGUUAUUAUGGUUUCAUCAGUGAGCAGAGAUUUUUUUGAGCAUCUGUCUUAUGCCAGGGCAUUAUGCCAAGCUCUGGGGAAACCACCCUGAACAGGACAUAGUUCUUGCUCUCAAGGAAUGUAUAAUUCUUUAGCCAGACCCAUAGUGAAAGGAGAUGAAAGCAGUCAGUGAUUUGUAAGUUAAGAGCUGCCUGCAGUUACCAUGGAUUAGGGUGUCCCACCCACCCAUGAGCUGAAGCAUUUUUUUAACCUAAAAGGACUUUACAACUCAAACUACUAGCUCUGAAAUAAGUGCCAGGCCAUUAGAAUUCGUGAAUGGCCUGGGUUCCUCCUCCCUCUGCUUCGCAUAUUGUUUCUUGCCCCAUAACUGUGUACUAUAGGAGGUACCCCUUAUCCACGGUUUCCAUUUCUUCAGUUUCAGUCAUCUGUGGCCAAGGAAGGUCUGGAAGCACGGGAUCCUCCUUCUGACAAAUCUUCAGAAGGUCAGUAGUAGCCGAAUGCUAGUCACGGUGCCGCGUCAUUCCCCUCCACCUCCUCAGUAGGCAUCGGAUCACCUCACACUGUCAUGAGGGCGAGAGCGGUACCAUAAGAUACUUUGAGAGAGGCCACUUUCACAUAACUUUUAUUACAGUAUAUUACCAUUUUUCCAUUUUAUUAUUGUUAAUCUACUGUGCCUAAUUUAUAAAUUAAACUUUAUCAUAGGUAUGUAUGUGUAGGAAAAAACAUGUGUAGGGUUUGGUACUAUCUGUGGUUUCAGGCAUCCACUAGGGGUCUUGGAACGUAUCCCCUGUGAAUAAGGGGGUACCUCUGUAUUGGUUCCUCCUUAUGAACAAGGCUAUAAUUGAUUUUUCCCUCCUUGAGGGAAAAAUAGUAAUAUUCACAGUAAGUGAGACAGUGGAUGCGAAACCACUGAGCACAAUGCCCUAGUACGUGUUAGGCACUCAGCAAGUGUUGUUACUGUCACUAUUUCAUGGUGAGGCUGGAAGCAAACUAGAUUCUUAAUCUGUGCUCCUUAAAUGCUGGAGGCCUGGGCAAUGUGUGUAUUUCUUGAAAAAUGUGACCCUUUAUUUCAUUGCCUCUAGAGCGCUUAAAUAACAGUAGUCUUCCUUUUUUAAAUACUUACUGGAUAUAAUUGUGGCCAAUAUGUGAUGCCACAUGUGAUGUGAUUCCACCUGUUUUUAAAAAGGAACAAAAUUACUUCUAUUUUGAUGGUGAAUUUCAAAACAGAAAAAAAAUAUUUUUAUCUUCACCUCAGAAUGGUGACUCAGUUAAAACUUUCCCAGUUGCUCCUCUGCAGACCAGACCUGCCUUCUUCCUUGCUCCACACUGCCUGUGCAUCCACGUUUAUCUCAGUUGUUGGUGCUUAUAGAUCUUUGGCAUCAUCACCUGUCUUCUAGCUCUUACCUUUAAAGGGGUGCCACUUCGUGACAGGAUGAAAAGAUAUUCAAUGGUGGGUUUUUUUAAGCUUUCUUUUUUGAGUUACUUUUAAAAAAAGAAAUCUACUGGUUAGAUUUAUUGUCUCACAAAAAUGUUUUUAGAGAUUAUUUUGUUCAUAAGUGUUUCUUUCUCAUGCUGAUGAUCAACUGAUUUUUUUGUCUACAAAUGUUGGCCUAUCAUAGUAUUUUUUUCAAUACAGAUCCUAUUUACCAAAUGACCAUUUUAGUGGUUUUAAAAGGUACUAAGGAUUGAGAUGUGUAAAUCAGGUGACUUAAACAUGAAAAUUAUGUGCCUAAAUAUUUUUGUAAAGGUGUCAAAUAAAUACUUUUUCCUGAACACAUGUAUUAAAAUUCCUUUCUAAGUGCAAAGAGCCAUUAAGUCUGCCCACAUUCAAGAGGAUGGCUUCCAGUUAGUUGAUUGAAACCUAGUAAUAAAAUAGUUUGCCAUUGUGAUAUAUAAUAGAAAUUUAUAUUUGGUCUUUGUCCCUGUUCCUCCUGGCACAUAGCUUCCAAGACUCUUGUACUUUAUAAGCGCUAUAAGAGUAUCUUUUUUUGUUAUAUUUAGUUUUGUUCCCAGUUGUUGAAAUAGUUCUGUAGCCAUAAAGAUGAAAUGAGUAUCUUUUAUUUUUCAUAAUGAGCCUCUUUUAACCAACUGCACCUGACUUUGUUAAGGAUGGGUGGGGGCUGGUUGUGGGGGGAACCAACCAUGGCAAUUUGGGUUGUGAGCUUUCAGGCUCCUUGCCCCACCUGCCUAGGUGAAGGGGAGAGGGACUGGAGGUUAAAUCAAUCGCCAAUGACCAGUGAUUUAAUCAUGUCAACAUAGUGAAGGCUCCAUAAAAAUCCCUGAACUACGAGGUUUGGACAGCUUCCAGGUUGCUGAAUGCAUGGAGGUGCUGGGAGGGUGGUGCGUCUGGAGGGGACAGGGGUGGCCCACACUCUUGCCACACACCUUGCCCUAUGUAUGCCUCUCUUCCAUCUGGCUGUUCCUGAGUCACGUCCUUUUGUAGGAAACCAGUAGUUUAGUAAAUGAACUGUUUUCCUGAGUUCUGUGAACAACUCUAACAAAGUAUUCAAACCUGAGGGGGAGGUCCUGGGAACCUUGAUUUAUAGCUGAUUGGUCAGACAUACAGGUUAACAACAUGGACUUGUGAUUUGCUUUGGAAAGGGGUGGGGGAGGUGACCGACAGAUGGGACUGAACCUGGGAGUCUUGUGGGGCUGCCAGCUCCAGAGCGAGUCAGAACUGGGUAGUAGUUAACCCAACUAGUGUUGCAGAUCUGUUUGGUAAAUAGUGAGUAGAGUAUUUGAGAGAAGACACAGGAAAAAUUUUUGCUUUAUAGCCACACAAGUAUUUUGUAUGACUCACACGUAUGAUUAAAUAUCUGUCUCUGGCACAGUUGUGGUAAUUUCAAAAGAAAGAAAUGCUAAUCUUUCUACUUUUAAAAUAUUUCAUCUGCUUAAUCAGGAGUCUAAGCCUCUGAAUAGCUUUACCGGGACAUAACCCCAAAAUAAAAUACGCUCAUCAAGAGAGGCAUUUUGGUACAGGCAAGCUCAACUGAAUUACGAGUACAUGAAGGCUUUAAAAAAGAUUGUGACAAAAUACCUAUAGCAUGAAAUUUACCAUCUUAACCAUUUUUAAGUGUACAGUUCAGUGGUAUUAAGUCUAUUCACAUUGUUGUGCAACCAGUCUCCUGAGUUUUUCAUCUUGAAAAACUGAAAUCCGUGCCCAUUAAACAGUUCCCCAUUUCCCUCUUUGCCCUGGGCAACCACCAUUCUACUUUCUGUCUAUGAAUUUGGCUACUGUAGAAAACCUCACAUAAGUGAAAUCAUACAGCAUUUAUUUGUCUUUUUGCUACUGGCUCAUUUCGCAUAACGUAAUGUCCUUGAGGUCCAUCCAUAUUGUAGCAUGUUGUCAUAGUUUCUUUCCUUUUUAAGGCUGAAUAAUAUUCUAUUGUGUGUAUAUAGCACAUUUUAUUUAUUCAUUCAUCCAUUGAUGGACACUGGGUUGCUUCCACUCUUGGCAUUGUAAAUAAUACUGCAAAAAGUGGGUGUCUUAAUCAGUUUUGACUGCUCUAAAAAAUGACUGUAGAAUGAGUGGCUUAAACAACAAACAUAUAUUCUCACCUUGGAGAAGAAGCUGGAAAGUUCAAGAUCAAAGUGCUUGCAGAUCGUGCGUCUGGUAAGAGCCUGCUUCCUGGUUUGUGGAAUAUCCAUCUUCUCUUAUCCUCACAUGGUGGAGAGCAGAGAGGAAGCUUUGUCUUGCCUCUUCUUAUAGGGCACUAAUCCUAUCGUGAGGGCUCCACCUGUACGACCUAAUUACCUCCUGAAAGCCCCAUCUCCAAAUAUCAUCACAUUGGGGAUUAGGGUUUUAACAUAAGAUUUUCGUUCAGAUUCUCUGUCUCCCUCUCUCUCUGCCCCUCCCCUGUUCAUGCUCUGUCUCAAAAAUAAAUAAACAUUAAAAAAAAUUAAUUAAAAAAAAAGGGGGCGCCUGGGUGGCUUGGUCGGUUAAGCGUCCGACUUCGGCUCAGGUCAUGAUCUCACGGUCCAUGAGUUCGAGCCCCGCGUCGGGCUUUGUGCUGACAGCUCAGAGCCUGGAGCCUGUUUCAGAUUCUGUGUCUCCCUCUCUCUCUGCCCCUCCCCUGUUCAUGCUGUGUCUCUCUCUGUCUCAAAAAUAAACGUUAAAAAAAAUUAAUUAAAAGAUUUUGGGGUAACACAGAAUCUACAGUGAUGUGUGCAGAUAUGUUUUCUUUUGAAAUUACUGGGUCAUACAGUAAUUCAAUUGUUAUUAUUUUUUUGAGGAACUCCCAUACUGUUUUCUGUUGUGGUUGCACAUUUUACAUUCCAACCAGUGUGCACAAGGGUCCCAAUUUCUUCACAUCCUUGGUAACGUUUACUUUGUUUUACUGAAAAUAGCCAGCCUAGUGUUUGUGAGGUGGUCAUAUUGUGGUUUUGAUUUGUAUUUUCCUAAUGAUUAGUGGUGUUGAGUAUCUUUUCAUAUGCAUGUUGGCCAUUUAUAUGCAUUUUUUUGGAGAAAUGUCUAUUCAAGUCCAUUUUUUUAAUUGGACUUUUUGUUGAUUUGUCAUUCUUUGUAUAUUCUAAUUUCAACCCUUUAUAAAAUAUAUUAUUUGCAAAUAUUUUCUUAUCCGUAGGUUGCCUUUCAUUCUUGUUGUAUCCUUUGAUGCAGUUUUAAAUUUUGAUGUAGUGCAGUUUAUCUAUUUUUACUUCUGUUGACUGUGCUUUGUCCAUUGUCAUGAAGCUUUUCCCCUAUGUUUUUUUCUUCAAGGAGUUUUGUAAAAUUACGUCGUGCAUUUAAGUCUUAUAUCCAUUUUUAGUUUUUGUAUGUGGUAGAAAGUCAGGGUCUAACUCCAUUCUUUUGCAUGUUAGUAUUUAGUUUUAUUGACACCAUUUGUUGAAGAGACUGCCCUUAAGGCAGGUUUUAAAAAUCCUCUUAGAAUUUGACUUUCUAAUUUGUGAGUUAUAUGCUCUUUCAUUCAGCCCCUUGCUGGUUUCUUGUCUCAACAUAGCUUCCCUGCACAGGGCUGUCAUUAUCGGAGACCGCCACAGAAGAGGCACUGCUGACAGGAGCAAAGCACAGGGCUGGUGCCUUCAUGUAUCCAUAGCAGGUGAGCAGUUACUGGGUACUCCCAGGACUUCCCUACAGCUCUCAUCACAUCAACCGUUCAUCCCUCCGUCAAGCUAGACCGAGCUCACUGGGGCUGGCACCCAGGCCCCCAGCAGAGGUCUGACACAACCAUAUUUAACAGAUGAAGCCGAGUGAAGUAAAUCGUUCCAUGUGGUUGUGAAACCCACAUUCAGACCCCGGUCAGCUGGACUCAGGAGACUUUUGCUCUUCACCACCAUGUUAGGUUCUUGUCUCGCUUUGUCUGCUUGUGAUAGACUUGGUGGUACCAAGCUCGCUAUCACUAUAUUCCCGUCAAAUGCUAUUCUUCUUCCAGAAUUCAUAUACCAUGGAUUUGAAGCUUAGGCAUGAGCCGGUAGCUGGUUAAAUCUGAGAAGGCAAAGCAGACAGGCCUUUCCAGUUGUGCUGAUGGGGCCCUCUUGUGGCAGCGGCUGCCACUGGGGGAAUAAAUGAUGGCACGCAGUGUGCAUGAGAAGCAAUUAUUUACUGAGGGCCUACUGUGUUCCUUCAUGGAGUCAGGCCUUUAUUAUUUCUUUUCAUAUUACAGUACUGUUGCACGAAUAGUGGCUUAGGCAAAGCUCAGGGGUUUGUCCAGCUUCCCUCAGCUGAUAAAUUUAAAUCUGGACUUUAAUUCCUAAACCUUUUCUUCCCAAAGAAUUCCAGAUAACAUCCCUCUAUUAGGAGAAUGCAGAAGGAGGAUUUCAUCAAGAGUUGCCUCAUCAUGUGUGCUUAUCCUUCAGGUAAUUUUUUCAAUGAAUAUUUUUGAGGACAGUAUCUACAAAUGAUGAUGGAAUCAUGAAACUGAGGUAAUUGUAAGAAUGUGGGGGAGGAAUAUCAUCCUAAGAAUGGUAGGAAAAAUUUCCUUGGAGAAAUGGUAUUUGAGCUGAUCCUGAAGGACACCUAGUAUUGAACUGAGGAAAUGUUGGAGGGGACAGCCCUCGAGCACUCCAGGGCCAGUGUAUCUGCUUCUGUCUGGAAUGCAUCCCUGUUUAAUGUCUUUCCAGCAAAUGCCCUCCUCUCUGUGGGCCUUCCCUGACCAGCCUCUCUGAGAUUGCACUCCACCAUUGUCCGUAUUUCCCUCCUGUGCUUUCUCUUGGCAGCAUGUGUUUCUUGAUGAGGUGUAAGCUUUAUGAAGGCACAGAUGUUGGUCUGUUUUGCUCACUGCAGUGUCCCUGGCACCUAGAAAGAAUAGCGCUGGGCACACUGUGGGUACACAUUCCCAAAUGAAUACCUCUAGACAAGAGUACCUGACUAAUGGCUACAUUUUUGAAGCAUAGCAAGGCAGAAACAUGGCCUCAUCUUCCUUUUAGAAAGCUCACAGCAGCUGUAGUAUUGGGAUUGUAGGUCAGGAGUUGAUAAGAGAGGGGCCAGGCAGGUUCAAAGUGUGAAUCUAAAUGAAUGCAGUCAAUACACCGUUAGUGGUUGAGCUUGUGGUACCUACUUGCUUAAAGCUGUGCAAAUUAGAACAAAACAAAAGGUUGCCAGGCAGAUUUGGCCCACUGGCUACUGGUGUGCCUAAAUCGAGGACCUGCUGUAAACCAGAUUUGCACUGUAACAGGAUCACCAAGGAUGCUGUGCAGAUUACUGUUCGGGGGGUGGGGGGUGUCAGAGAAAGGCAGGACUGGACAGAUAAAUACAUCAGCUGUAGAAGAUUGUUGUGUCCUGGUGAGACGUGAUGGGGUGCUGUAGUGUAGCUGUGAAAGCACAGAAUAGAAACGGUAUUUGAGUUAUUUUAGGAGGUAUAAUUAACAGGUGAUAAUGAAAUCUGUUUCUAAUUUUUAUAAGUAAGGCUAUAGUGAAUUUCUUUUGCCUAAGUCUAUUCUAUUCAAGGAGACCAUCCGAACUUCAGGAGAUCAAAGAUGAACAUUUUUAAGGUAUUUAAGGUUUCCAAAUGUUUUCCAAAAAGGUAGUUUUUUAAGUAUAGCAAACUUUGGAAUACUUGCUAUGCAACAGUAAAAAUAAAUUUACUUAGCAUUUGCUACAUGCUGGGUAGGCAUUUUUUCUUAGCACCUUACAUAUUGAUACAUUUUAGUCCCAUAAGCAGUCCUUUAAAGUAAGUUUUACUGUUCUUAUUUUAGAGGUGAGGAAAAAGAGGCAGAGAAAGGUUCCAUUAUUGAACAGUGGUAAUUGUGAAAAAGUAUUUGCUUUACAGAAUGUAAAUUUGCCUUUCUGUAAGGCCUACCUUUUGCUCUGUCUGCAGAGCCGGCUGGAACAAGCAGUACAGUGUAACGUUUGAGUGUGGAGGAAGUGUCAAAUUACUUCUUUUAAAUCAAAUCAGAGGAGUCCCCAUUUUACCACCUAGCAGGAAAUUCAAUGCCAGUCCUUCUCUAAGGUUAAACCAGAUUCAAAGGAAUUAUAUGGUGCCUUGAAAAUAGAAGAAGGAUCUUCUUGUCUUCAGCCCUUCAUGGUCACCGCUAAACUCCUUGGUAACUGUCUCUGAAGUAUUCUUUAAAGGCAGGUGGCAUUGCAGAUUCCAAACUUUGGCACAGUGUAAGUCUCAGUGCCUGAAGUCCAGCAUGACCUACACACGCAGCCUUCUCUGAGGUCUUGCUAAAGAAUGAACUCGCAUUCCAACUAUUCUCAGAGCCUACUGACCAGCUUUUUUUCCCAGCUUGAGGGACUUUCUCCUUUCCAGAACUUAGACUUGAGGGGAAAAAAGGGUAGAACAGGUUGUUUGUAGAUAAUAUCUGCUUUCUGCCCUGCAACACACAUCUUCUCUAAACACAAAGAUCUAACUUAGGAACAUAGUUGAAUAAAUGCACAUCAUUGGAAAAUAUUAAGUCCACUUCCCAAGACAGCUCAGUUUCCCCAUUUGUAAAAAUUUGUAAUGCUGCGAGAAUCGGUUUAUAAUGACUGUUUAGCACAGUGCAUGUAACAGUAAUCACUCGUUAAUGGCAUCUGAUAAUACUUGCAAUAGGCUUUAGAUGCCAAAUGAACCUUUUUCUUUGACCAACACAUGCUCCUUUUGAGGAAUGCCUCUUCCCCAGCUGCUCAACCCAAAUUAACCUAAAAAGUGCUGUUGCCUUAUGAGAGCCAUUUGCCUAGCCACAAUGAUGGGCUGGCUAAAGGGUGGCUAAUAACUCACUUUCUGGGCCGUAGGGACUGACUGGUCAAGGGUUGAGCCCAUUGCUCUAGCCAUAAAUACAUAGACACUUAAACUAUUAAGUACCAUGAAGCAAAAGGACAGAGGAAUCUGCCCUUGUCUAAGCAGCUCAGUCUGAGGUUGUCGGACAUUUUUCCAUUUGGGGCCUUAGGUUUUCCCCUUCCAUAAACUGAGGACUGCAGGGAAGGCUCCAGAGGGGUCACAUCUGGACUUUGGUGGACUCUUCUCACUAGCUGCUUCAUCUAUAGGGUACUUGUUGGCUCUUUAGAAGGGCUCUGGUGAAGCUGCUGUGGAUCCCAGAAUACACCGUUCGUGUACGUUUGGCUUCCUGUUCACGCGCCUCUUUGCCAGUUAUGUAGCGAAAUAAAUUGGGAUGGACUGCCAAUUGAGUGCUAGCAAAAUUUGAAGGCUACUACAGGUUUCCGAUUCUGAAAUCCAAGUUUUUUCUUGAGUUUGUUGCCAAACUCAUUUGGCAGCAAUAUCGGACCUGAAAUGUGUGUGAAUAUGAAUACAUUUUACGGUGGCCAUUAAGUGUUUGACCAUAGGUUCGAGACCUGGUUGUGGAUAUUCUUUAAAACAUAGCACCUCUCUAAUAUCUGAAAAAUUCUGGUCACAAGAAUUUUGGAAAAGGGACCGUACGCCUGUACUACUGCUGGAUCUUCAUCUAGUGCUCUCUAGAGAGGAUUGAUUUCCUUAUGUAUUUUUUUAAUGUGUGAUUUUUAAAUCCCAAGAGCUCUGUGAUACUGGCACAGUUAAGUUUCACCUGUAUUUUAUAGUUGGGCAGUUGAGGUGUUUAUGCUACUUUUAAAUGCAAAUGCCCGUCUACUAAACACCGGAGGGCAAAUACAGACAGUGAUGUAGUAGAGAGGCCACGAGACAAAGCAGUUCAUGAAGCUCAUAAUUCAGGCUAUUUGGAAGCUCAGAACCACGUCCUCCAAAUAAAUUUCCAUCAACCACAAACUAUGUUCAAAGGGGACUACUGGUGUAUUCAUACUCAGAAUGACUGGUACUACUCUUAGCUCACAGCCAGGUCGCUCAUGUUAACUCAGCUGAAGCAUAGCUAGCUGACAAGGGAGGAAAAAGUAUUGAAAAGCCCCAUUUUGGAGCAAGCUCUUUCACUAAAUCUGGAUUUUCUUUCUGGUCAGCAAUUUACAGUGGCUCAGGUUAGUCUGAUGCCACUCUCGCUGCUUGAUCUCUUACAGUUCGGAGAGAAAUCAUUUCAGGGUUCCUAUCUCCUCUUGUUCUCUUUAUACAAAGUUUUAAGUGUAUAGUCCUUAAUCCAAAGUCCAUCGUCUUUCAGAGAGAAAAGAGUAAAACCAUGUAUUUUACAACUACCUGAACUCUACAAGCAAGUUCUAGCUGGUGUGCAGAAAGAGAUUUAGCCAACUCUACAGUCAACCAUUCAUGUUAACGAGAAUAUUAGAAAGUAUAUUUGUUUUAUAACCAAGUCAAAUGUGCAUUAGGCCUCCCUCACUUUUCCCAAACUUUAGGAGGUCAGGAGACUCCCUACUCUUGUAGUAGUAGUAGUACUCAGUGGACAGUGACAAAAGGGGGAAGUCCUGAAUAAUCCACAGCUGUUAUGUUACAGUUAAAAAUAAGUGGUCUUUCUUAGGGGAACUGUAUGUAGAUUUACUGUUGCUUAAUUUCUAACAGAAACAUUAAGCUCAAGGACAAUCUUAGCUAGAAUGCUCUGGCACAGAGUCUGGUGAACUGUUUCCCUGAGAUCAUGCCUGUUUCUUCCUUUUGCAUGCUCUGUGCUCAGCAUACACUUCUACCACUACUAAUGAAUGCCUUCUCUUUGAAAAAGAAAACAUGCCACACAUUAUCUGAAGCCACAAGCCAAGCCUUGUAGCUGGUACAAGUAUAGGCCCAGAUAUUUGCCGGAGAAGACGAUACAAGCAAACUUGUCACUGUUGACAUUUAAAUGUGAAGAAGCCUUUCCUAUCAGUUGGCACAAAGGAGAAUUGGGAGUUCAGCUCCAUGGCAGUUUCUUCAAUGUCCUUCACAGACUAGGUUGCCUUUAAGAUGGUGUUCAGAGGUCUUCGAGCAAGCGAAAUGACAUUUUGAAUAUAUCAUACAUCCUAAAUAAGUCAUAGGAGCUAGUAUAAACACAAGUGAAAAUAAAAAAAAAAAUGAUCAUGGUCAGAAAAGGAAAAACUCAUGUACUUACAGAUGUCAAAAGAUGUCAGCUCGGUACCUAAGAGUACAUAAUAAAUGAGGUUAUGAAAAACUGCUAUUAUUAGAAAAUGAGGCUAAUCCAUCAGCCCAUGACUUGUAAGACUUUGCAAAGGAUAAACUUGAUUAUUGAAGAGUUGAUUUUAUGAUUAAAAAUUUUAAAUAGUGGAAUCAGAAUACAGAAAAAAAGGUGAUUUUUAAAAAGAACAAAAGGUUUAAAAUUUGGAAAAUUCCUAUUCUUCCCCAUAUGACUUUCCACACUGGCAAUUUUCAUGAAUAUGGAUUACGUGUGGGAAACUUUUUAUUUCUGUUUUGGCAUUUAGUAGUGAUACAGAGCCAGUUACAUACCUCUAGAGUCAUCAGCAUACACCUUGCCUAUGGAAACUCACCAACCCUCACUUAUUAAAAAUGCCCACACUUAAUUUUCCAUUUAGAAAAAAGUAAAUAUUGUGACAGAAGUUUUUUGAAAAAUAUUAUGUGAUACGAACUGCACUACAAAAGAUGGGGUAAAUUUCUAAUUACAUAGUUUAGAGGAAGGUGGGUGAAUAAAGGUCUGCAAACCAAAAGAUCCCCUUGGAGGAAAAAAAAGACAAAAAUACAUCAUCUAAGAUGAGGUCAAAGGGACCAGAAGCCACUCAAACACUAGUUCAUGUGAGAGAUCUAGGAGAAGGACGGCCAGAGAUUAUACAUAUUUUGCAUUGUAAACAGUAUGUAUUAUAUACACUUAAAAUCUGUAAUUAAAACCUAGUGAAUCAAUCUAAUGAAAAUCAUUCACACGGCAUUAUGUAGACAAGUAUGUUUAAAAAAAUAUUUUAAUAAGCAUAUUCAGAAUGGCAGACAGGGAAUGGGAAAAGGGAAUUAUUUUACAGUGCAAAAUUACUAUGCAUAAAUUUAAAAACAUCUAAUUCAUAAUUUUAAAUGCCUAUUUAAAUAUUCAAAUACAUUUUAAAGCUCAACAGAUUUAUGUUGAACGGAGUUGCAGAUUCUGAACUCCAUUUGAAAACACAUCAUAAAACAGAAUACCAUUUCAAAUGAAAAUGAUAGUGCUUUGCUGAGGGUGGGUAUGGGGUGGGGGAAAACUAACUAUUAACAAAGUCUUCUUUUCCCAAUGCAGUUUAAGAGUUCAAGAGUUAUGAAAUGUACUAAAUCUUAAAGCAAAUUAAAUUCAUGAUAUUACUAAAAAUUUUAAAGUAGUGCAAUGACUUAUCAAGUUAUAGUGGCUGCAUUAUGAAGAACAAAGUACUGUGAAAUACCUGUAUAAACACAAAAUACAAUUCAUAUUUCUUCAUGAAAGGCUGAGCAUUAUGUAUUAUAGUAGUGGAAUGUCUUUUUAUUAGGUAUACUUUAAAAAGGUAAGAUUAAGAAAAGUAAAAUUUCCUAACAUGUAUACAUGUGCCAUAUUUGCAAACAUGCCUGAGAAUUUAAUAAAAAUGUUCCUGUAAUUAGUUUCCAAGAACUUCACAAACCUGCAAACAAAAUGCAUCUUUAAAAAAAGGUGAAAACAGCGUCUCUAAUAUUGCAACAACUUAAAAAGUACAGCGUCACUAUUCAUUUGAAACACGUCUAUAGACCAUCUUUGACAAAGAGCUAGGAGCUAGGAUACUUUGGAUUUGUGUAAUAAAAACUGAUUUAGAAAAUGGAUUGUGACCAUCUGCUAAAGCUGCCAUUCUGGAUAAAUUAAAUGUUGUAGGGUAAAACAAAAACAAAAAGUUCAGGCUUCUCAACAGUUCCACCCAAAACUCUGAUUUACUUGGAUAUGUAUGUAGUAACAGUGAACAUACAUUAUAUGAAGUCAAGUGUUGUCAAGUGGCUUUUUAACACUGUUUGGGGAAAAGAGUUGUUCACAUUGGUGGAAGGAAGCAGUUCUGAACAUAUGUUAACAGUAAUACUUCAUGGGGGUAAGGCCUAAACCAUAAUUUCUCAGUGCAAACCUUUACUCAAUUGUAUUAAACAGUUGAGCCAUUAAAAACAAGACCACAGAAGAUUUAUUUUAAAAAGGCAUUGGCUCUUGAACUGAUGGCUGAAAAUGAAUUGGUAGAAGCAUUUGGGGUAUGCCUGUGUGAAAAAAACAAGAAUAGUUAAUAAUCUUUUAUAAAAGUUUGGAUAUAGGUUGGUCUAUCAGCUGUAUAAAACUACAUUUUUAACAAGAAUUUUGCACUAAAAAUAAAAUGGCACUCUUGAAAGGCUAUGCAAAUAGAUGAUCCUAUUUGUAAUCACACAGAGCAAUGGUUAUUCAUCUUAUCUUCAUUUUGGAAAUACACUCAACUUCAUCACUUUUUCCACAUAAAAUCAAUAUUGUUAUCUGCCAACUCCUUGUGUGUGCCAAUAUCUAAAUAUUGCUUGACCUUUUCCCCUGUUUAGUUAAUGCAAAAAUGGGAAAUUUUAUAAUGCAUAUAAAAAUAAUCGAACAGGAUUCUGGUCAGCAUGAUACAUUUAAGCACUUAAGCUAACAUUAAACUUUUGUCUUGCUUCAAAAAUAAUUUUGAAAAUUAUAGCAAACGCAAAACAAACUAUGCGAUCUAGGUAUCAUGCUUAAUUUCAGAAUUCUCAAACUAUUUGUCCUUAAGUAGAAAUUUGAAAAAACAAAUUUUCACAAUCCUUUAUGAAUGCUUUUACCACCUGUAUAAGAAACAUGACUUAGUUACUACACAAACACUUAAAAAUUCAUUAGAAAAACCUUAGCAAAAUAAAAUGAAAGCUGACAGACUCAGAAUAUCAAUUCCUCUCAUAAAAGUUUACCAACUGUACAAGUUAAGAAAAUUAUACAAGCUUUUGUAUUAAGAAAGGACAGCUCAGUCAAGACAUAUGUACUGUAAAAAUCUUUCAAAGGCUACAAAGAAUCUGGAAAAAUACAGAAUGUAUUUCUUAAGCCCAGAUAAGAAUAUGGAAAGACAUCAUUGAUGUCAACAAUUUUACAUAUACAAACCUGACUUGGUUUAUUUUUAAACUUCUAUAUAUAAAAAAUCAUGCUAGCAUAACUUUCAGGAUUCAUAAGGGUUUCCUUAACAAUGACACUCAAUUUGUAUGGAGAGAAAAUGUCUUAAAAAAAGAAGACAUUUCAAGAAACUCAGAAAAACUGGUGUUCAACAGAAAUCAGAACUUGGUUUUUUCUUCUCUGCCAUCAAACUAAGCAAAAAGUACCGGUAGUGAGCUUUUAAGAUUAACACAUCAAAUGAGAAGGUACAGAUAUUUCCAUAGUUCAUUCAAAUUUACUAAACUAUUUGUUAUAGCCUUAACAGGGUCUUUACACUUUUAAAGUAAAAAGUCUACAAAGGGCAGAAUUAUGAAAUCUUACUAAAAUCAGGACUCAUUUCAAAUUUAACCAACUGCUUCAAGGAAAUCAACUUUUUAAGGUAACCCAUCAACCCUGAAAAUUUUAGUCACACCAGAUUUUACUCCAAAGAAAGUAAAAUAAGUCUAAAAUUUAGUCAUCGGUGUUUUCAAGUUCUUCAAAUUUUCCAUGUGACACUGCUUCCUGGAAAAAUUCAGAAGAACCUGGACUUUCUUUUCCAUUGCUGUUUACCCUUCGCCUUUUGGCAGGUCUCUCGCUUUUUUCAUCAAAAUCAUUUUCAUUUCUUGCAGUCAUAUGGGCAAGUUUUGGGUCAGUGGUAAGGUUAUCUGUUUCAUAACCAUUAGUAUCCACAUCUGCAUGAAGUGGUUUCUUAUUUCCACCUGUUGGUCCAUUCACAUGUAACCCUUCAGCUUUUAGUUCUUCUUUGUUCAACAUUUCACCUGGUCCAUUAGAUGACACCCCUACAUUGGAAGAAACAUAAGUGAAACUGCUAGUAUUAAAAAGCUAAAUUUGUAAACUAUUCAAAAACAGCUAUUAUGGAAUAGCUUUUCAUCAAGGAUGAGAGAUACCAAGUCUAUGUAUAUAUACAGUCUGAAUGCUGGCUCUAUUUACUUAGUAACUGCGUAAACUUUGGCAAAAGUUAUUUAUGUUCUGUGUACCUCAGUUUCAUCACAUGUACAAUGAAGGUAGUAAGAGAUUUACCUUACAGGGUUGUUGUGAAGAUUAAGUUAUAAACAUAAAGAAGUAAUAGAAUUUGGCACAUAUUAGAAGCAUGUUGGUAUAAUGUGACCACAAAUAAGCACUGGGUCCAGCAGUCUAAUAAGAUAAAUUAAAGCAAAGAUAUGCACAAAUUAUUAGACUUAGCAAAAUGGUUAUAACUUUCUAAUACUAUGUAAAAAAAAUGUUACAUUCCUUAGAAGCUCGAGUUUUUUCUACUGCCGUAUAAAAUGACAAGACUUUUUCAUUCUUAAUGUAAAUAAACCCAUGGGUACUGUGUUUUAAAGGUAAAGAUCACAUAUUUAUCUACAUAGAUUUAAAUAAUCUGCCACUAUGUUAAAAUAAGUAAUGCUGGCACUGUCCACACACACAUUUGAAAGUGAUGAAAGCAAACACAAAUGUCUCCAUAGUAGGUAAGAAUAAUUAUUCUGAUAAAAGUAACAGUGAAAAGGGCAUGUUACAGUUGACUGCAAAAUGGAGUAGACAUUGUGGAGACAGACAUUUAAUGUAAAAUACAGAAUGCGCCACAGGAGAGAAUUAACUUUUAAUUAUCUGAAAAAUAUUCAGUAUAAAGAAUGAGCUUCAAAUAUUAUAUUUGGUCCAAGAAAAGAUUCUAUUUCCCCAACUCAAAAGUGCACUCAACCCAUACAUGCAUACGGGGAUGUUAUGCACCAUGAUGCAGAAGGAACCAUUCUGUUACAGUAAAGCACAAAGAGCUAAGUGACCACUGUGAGUAGGUAAAAAAUGAGAUUUCAAGACACUAAGCCCCUUACAAAAGAAAGAAAACUGAACUGGCGAAAUCCAUCCUUUCCUUGAAAACCUAGGAAUCUUGAUUGUGGGUACCUAGGUAAAUGGCUUCUGGGCUACUGAAUAACUUAAUUUAUAUAUACCUUCUUAGGUCAAACUGCAUGUUUUCGUCAAAUGGUUAAAAAAGGGAAAAACAAAAAAAAAGGAAAAUUUAUUUGGUGUUAUGAGCAAACAGGGAAAGACCAAAGUAGUAUCAACUAUUUGCAUCCCUGAGCUUCUAUCCCCCAGUCCUAAGAUCAGAGUUUUAGCUUUUUACUCUACCUCAGGAUAGCAUUAGACAACACGUCAUCGAAUCUUUUUAGACCAGGAAAUGGCUGCCGGGCCCUCUUUUCUGUUUGUAUGACUUGUUCUUAGGGGGAAGCAGUGAGGGAACAGAGAGGGGUCAUUAAAUGAACAAAAUAUAUUUGCUCCAGCGGUGCCAGUGUGAGACCAAAGGUCAGAAUAAGGGACAGUCUUUCACAGUGUUCCUCUUCUAGUUUCUGUCGGUGAGGUCAACUCUCCCUGGCCCUCCCCUAAGACUGUUACAUCAGAAUACAGGUGUGCAGAGCUUGUCUCUAAUUCACCCGUUUCCUCCUCAAGAGGAGUGGAAGGCUUGUCUUACUUAGGAAGACCAUUUUAAUUAAAGUAGAAGUCAAAAUAAUUUUCUGACUAGGUCUUACUAACACAGUGACCUUUGGUCCAUUAUACAUUUUAAACAAGAACGUUACCUGAACCUUAAACAAAAUGGAAUGCCAUUUACUUCUUUCUCACAGAGAUAAAUAUAGGAACGUUUCUGUAGAGUAUUAAUGCAGAGCCUGACACCUGCUUUAUCUUUUCUCAUCCUUCAAGGAUAUUACACUAGCAAAGAAAAAACUAUUCAAGCCCUUAUUAUCUACUACUUUUCACCAAAUGCUUAAAGCACUUUUCUGAUAAAGUGUUACAGCUCUCAAAGUAUUUCAUAAAUAUCUAUGUACUUUGAUGUGAAAUGGCGCUGGAGUUGUGGUCUAAGAGUUAACAAGAGUGUUUCUAUCCAAGCAUCCCGACUAAGAAAAUACAUGCUACUCAAGAAUAAAUUUCUUAGAAGAAAUGGUCACUAUUGAUAGUAUAUUCUUAUUAAGCUUAUGUAUGUAUGUUCAUAUUAUGUAUGUGCCAUGGGUACUGACAAUUAUUAUUUUUAACUUCUGCUUUGGAAGUUUGAUCCAAACCAAAACUGAAUUGCCCAUGCUACUAAAGACAAGUGCCCUUCAUUAGGAACAAACAGAAGAGUUUCUUUGGUUGCUUACCAUUCUGAUUACUAUUGCUUAUAGUGCCGUCUUCUUUCUCAGACUGGCUGUUACUACUGUUUGAGGCAGUUGGGGGAGGGGAUGGUGCUCGACUAGAAGCAGCACUUUCACUUUCAUCUAGAAGACGAUCCAUGUAAUCCCUUAAAAUAAAGUGAAAUAAUGAAACAAUCACCUUCUUAUAUUUAAAAAAGCUGAAAACUAAAACUGAGGUUAAAUUUAGAAGGCUUUAUUAGCAAAUAUGUCCUAAUUUUCACUUACAUUCAUUCCAUUGCCUCCUCUAUCCCACCAGGAUCUGAACAUUUAAAUGGAAAGCUCCUCUGGUUAUGUUUGUUGGGAAAAUGCAUAAAGGCUUUUAAACUAGCAAAUUUUAGAGACCUAUAGAAAGUUUUAAAACUACAGGCAAGUGCUCAGAGUGGCCCAACUAAAAUCAGAGGAUCUGUAAGUGAAGAGACAGGGAUGAUGCCAAUCAGAAGGAGUACAAAAUAAUUUCUGAACAAACACAGAUUGCAAUUUUAAAGCUCCUCAAGACUCUGUGAUGGCUACAGCAAUACCUCAAAGCCAAAUUAGGGCCUACCAAUGAAUCAUUUCCCUGAACUUUCCUGGAUAUUUCGUAUAUUAUCUUCCUGCUAAAUCUGAGCUACAAAAAGCUCCCUAAAUUCCUCGGCUUAUGUGCUGCCUUUGUCUACCAAUAUAUCAUUAGAGGUGUGCUCACUUCUUCCCUAGGUCGUUCUGAACUAUAUGGGAUGGGAGAAGAGCUGUCUGUACUAAGUGACUUUGGGUUGGGGUUACAAGAUCUGAGCUAAACUCUCAUCUCUGAAAGUUUAGUGUCUUUACCUAUAUAAAAUCAUGUAUGUGUCUACCACACAGGGCUGUUGCAAAAGGUAUGUGUAGGAAAGUGUUUUGUAAACUAUGAAGUGCUAUUAAGUCACCAGAAUAAAGGUCUGCAAACUGUGGCCCAUGGGCAGGCCACAGGUUUUGUGAAUAAUAUUUGAUGGAACACAGCCACACCCACUCAUUUACAUAGUAUCUAAGAUUGCUUUUGUACAAGAGCAGAGCUGGGUAGUUGCCAGAGAAUUUAAGGCCUGCAAAGCCUAAAAUACUUACUCUGUAGCUCUUUACAGAGAAAGUGUGCUGAUACCUGCACUUAACUAAUUCCCUAAAGGCAGGAAUUUUAGUCUUUUUGUCAUCACUGUACCACCUGGCCUAAGUUGUGCACAGCACAGAAUAGAAGCUCAAAAAAAACUUAAAAGUCAUUAUUUAAAAAAUUCCUCACAAUAAUUAUACUAGGAAUAUUAAGACAAAUCUUUAGAAUUUCUGAGCAAGUAAGCAUGUGGGUGAGAAGGCAACAGUGGAAAAGGCUUAGGAUUUUACUGAAAGUCUGUGUUAACAGUCCACCAAAGACUAUAAACUGUAGUUAUAACAUCAAACUACAUGAUCAGACUGUCCCCUAGGUUAUGGGGAUAUAAUAAAUAUAGGGAUGUGAAGUUUCCAACAGUCUAAGGUACAAAACACAUAUCAAAGAAAUGUAUGUAACCACAAGCUAAUCAACUUAACAUUCUAGGCCUUAUUUUCCUCCUCUAUAAAUGGAGGGAAAUAAAUUUGAUGGUCUUUAAGUCCCCUUCAGCUUAAUGCCAUUCAUCAUAAUUCCAGAACAAUUAUGUAACGAACUGGAAGUACACAGAAACAGAAAUGAGUAUGAAUGCCAAAGGGAUCACAGAAGCUAUGACUAAAUAAGAAUAGAUGAUACAUGAUGAGGACUUGUUGGAAAUAAAUUUGGUAUGGUGGAAAUGGAUAAUGGAGGAUGUUAAAAGCCAAGCAAAGGAAGCCAGAGUUGACUGGAUACCACAAUGGUAUUGUAGAAGAAUUACUAUUAUUUCUUAAAGAUUAAUGGCAUCCAUAGUGCUUACGGAAGAAGUCAGGUGGGCCAUCCAGGAGGCUGGAGUAGCAUUCAGAUAAUCGGAGUUAUGCUGGGUUAAGUUUUUACUUAAAAAAAAAUAUUUGCAAGCCUGUUGCAAUAAAAUCUCUAAUUUGCAUAUGGCUACCAAAUCUUCCAGGUAGUGAGUAGAGAGAAUCUGCAGUAGAAUCUUGCAGAGGCGGUUUAUAAGGCAUGAAAGUGGCAAAUGCACUUCAUUUUGGUGGACAAAUUGGAAGGUAAAAAUGUCACAGAAAAAUGAACAAAUGACUUUCAGGAUAACGUGCUCUAUGGAUUUUGACUAAAAAGAUGAAAAAACUCACAUUUCUAAUAAUGUUUUGUGCACUCAAAGUGCAACUACUAACAGAAGAAGGUCCUGGAAGCAAACUAGAAAAGAAUCUGCAUGUUUACAGAAAACCACAAUUUCUGCCCUUUGGGAAAUAAGGUAUGGUCUGGUCACAGCUUCUCAUAGAAGAUGUAACAUAGCUAAAAGGGGUAAGUAGGAGUAAAAAAUUAGUUUGUUCAGUUAAAGAAAAAACAAAACCAAAAACUAUGGAACACACAGAAGGGACAUAACUAAAGCCUACAAAACCAUAGUAUUUUCGCCUACAGGGAAAACCACGUUUGUUCACUUCAUACCAUUACACCAGGGGGCACUGUAAAAUCUUCAAGCAUGAGAAAAGAUGUGGUAUGGGACUACUUUUAACUGUGGCUAUUCCACCUACAGAUACUUAACCCUAAGAGGAAUCAAGGUUGUAGACAGAAGUAUCUUCAAAAAGUUUCCAGAAGCUAUGGCCAGAUUGUUAAUAAGAAACUACAAUGUUUGGCGGCACAUCCCUACCUAACCUGUUGAGCUUGACAGCACACACGACCAACUAAGCCAGCCCACAACACUUCCCUUGGUGAUGCUUUCUGAAAGAGAAAACGGGAUGAACCAUGGGUCUGACCCAGCAAGGCAAUUCUUAUGUUCUUACUGCUGAUGACGACAGAUUGCCUGUAGUUCGUGUGUGAACAAUAUUUCUGAAAUGGGUGAAAAAAAUGAAAGAUGUUACUAUGGCUUUUCCCUACAGAAUAGCUUGAAAAUUGUGACUACUUUAAGAUACACUCUGAAGCCUACAUAGCUAUAUCUCGUUCUAUGUCAUUAUACCUCAAUACUACCAAUAAAUCAUCAAGAAAAAAAAUUAACUAUAAAUUUAUAACAUUAAGCAAUUAAAUUUGGAAUACUCUUUAUGGAAUUCCACUCUAGGCAUCGUGAGCUUUGAAUAAUGAGGGAUGAGGCAGAGUCCAAUGUCCCAGGAUGUCCAGGGGCAACCAUACCCAUUAUUCCCUUUUAGAUAAUUUUGCUUUGGAUUUUUAGAGUGUGUGAUCCUCCAGGGAAGUGACCAGAAGAGACACCUGUAAAUGAACAUGACCAGAAGCAGUCCAGCCUAGAGUUUAAAUAAAGCACAAUCAAAUAUGCAUAUAAGCACAUCUUUCAAGGGCAGUUAUUUGGCCAGCCCUAAGAACUUUACUGGUGCACACUGACCAAAUAAAAUCACAACUGAGUAUUAUUUGUAUUUUGUGAACAGCAGGAAAUAAUGAAGGAUAGAAUGGUGAAGUUAAAUCCACCUGAACAAUUCAUCAGCAUUUUAGAACAACUCACGUGAGAUGAAGGGUUCAUUCAAUACUCUAUGUACCUAAAGUAAAUUCCUAGAGGCAGCAGGACAGUUUUUUCCAAAGCUAGACUAAAUAAGGCUCAGAUUUUGGUGCACAGCGACUGAUACAGACAUAUGACGGACGCAUUUUGCAUAAAGACUACAUUCAAUAACAACCCAUACUCCCUGUAUCACUGGGAGUAAGCUAAAGUUGGAUGACUAUUAUAUACUAUUUCUGUCAGAGCAAAGGUUUCAGGAAAUCGGGGAAAAGGGAAGUCAUCAUGCGCAUGUUCUUUCCUCUUUAGAACA